AUGGCUUCCUUCGGACCGACGGGUUUGCCAAACUCGGAGCAUGCGCAUCGCAUCAACAGAGGGACGCUGACUUUCAGCUACACCUGCGCCGGCCUCACGGGCACCGCGCUCCUCUUCGUCGUCCUCUUCUUCUGCUAUAAGAUGCGCAACCGAGCACCGGUCGCCGCCGCCACCGCCGCGGCGGAGACCGUAACGGAAGGUCGUCGCUGCGUGGACCUCUCCAAGCUACCGGAGUACGCGUACACGGAGUCUGCCAGGCACAGCGGCAGCGGCGACGGUGCGCAGUGCUCGGUGUGCCUUGGCACGCUGCAGGCAGGCGAGAUGGUGCGGAUGCUGCCCUUGUGCAAGCACCUGUACCACGUGGAGUGCAUCGACACAUGGCUGGUGUCGCACGACACAUGCCCGCUGUGCCGCUUGGAGGUUGCGCCCCCGGAGGAGGACGGCAAGCCUGCGACGACGACGGAGCUGCCGGUUUAG